AGUGGGAGGAGGGAGAGAAACAGACAGAUUAAAAGAGAGGGUCAAAGAGGAAUAACAGACAGGAACAAGAACAAAGACCAAUUAGAAGCCAGGGAAGAGCGUUUGAGGAGGAAGGAAAAAAAUAUUAAGAAGAAAACGAAAAAUUGAAGAGAGAGAAAACCAGAAGUGGUCUUUCUUGCAAGUGAGACGAGAUGGGUGACUGGAGCUUCCUCGGGGAGUUCCUGGAAGAGGUCCACAAACAUUCCACGGUGGUUGGCAAGGUUUGGCUGACUGUCCUCUUCAUCUUCCGUAUGCUAGUGCUGGGCACAGCAGCCGAGUCCUCGUGGGGGGACGAGCAAGCCGACUUCCAGUGCGACACGCUGCAGCCUGGGUGCGAGAACGUCUGCUACGACCAAGCCUUCCCCAUCUCCCACAUCCGAUACUGGGUGCUACAGAUCAUCUUCGUGUCCACUCCGUCCCUGGUGUACAUGGGCCACGCCAUGCACACCGUGCGCAUGGAGGAGAAGAGGAAGCUGAAGGAGGCUGAGAGGGCCAAGGAUUCCAAGGGGGCAGACACCUACGAGUAUCAGGCAGAGAAGGCUGAGCUUUCCUGCCGAGAAGAGCUAAGUGGAAGGAUCAUCCUUCAGGGCACCCUUCUCAACACCUACGUCUGCAGCAUCCUCAUUCGCACGGCCAUGGAGGUGGCUUUCAUCGUGGGGCAGUACCUCCUCUACGGCAUCUUCCUGGAGACCUUGUACAUCUGUCGCCGAAAGCCCUGCCCUCACCCCGUCAACUGCUACGUGUCUCGGCCCACCGAGAAGAACGUCUUUAUUGUAUUCAUGCUGGCGGUGGGAGGUCUGUCCCUCUGCCUCAGUCUGGCUGAACUCUACCAUCUGGGCUGGAAGAAAGCCAAGCGGCACUUCAACCAGAACUGCCCCGGCAGAGUGGAGGCCAGCCUGCCCGCGCCAGGGGGGGCCCCGAACUGCACGCCACCCCCAGACUUCAAUGAGUGUGUAGAGGGCAGCCCCAAUCAGAAGUUCUACAGCAGCCAUUUCAGCAACAACAUUGCCUCCCGGCAGAACACAGACAACUUGGCCACAGAGCAGGUCCAAGGCCGGGAGGAGGCCGUAGGGAGGGCCUUUCUGCACAUGCAGUAUGCCGAGGGGCCCGAGGUGGCCAACGGGAUGUCCAGUGCACAUCAGCUCCCCCAUAGUUACCACACCGACAAGCGCCGCCUGAGCAAGGCGAGCAGCAAAGCCAGAAAUGGGGCAACAUAGAAGAAGAGGAG